AUGAAGCUCCUCUCCGUCGUCCUCGCUACUCUCGCCGCCACCACUGUCCAGGCAGGUGCUAUGGCCCAGUGGUGUGAACUCCCUGGCCAGGGCUGCUACAUGAUCAAGCGCGCUGCCGAAGCCUCGGGUGAAGUCAAGCGUUCGGCCAGUGCUGUGGCUGAUGCCGUUGCGGAAGCCUUCCCGGAUGCCGCCCUGUGGUGCGAAUUGCCCGGCCAGGGUUGCCACAAGGUCAAGCGUGCUGCUGAAGCCGCUGAGGAAGUGAAGCGCUCUGCCGAUGCCUUUGCGGAGGCUAUGGCUGCUCUUGAGCAUCUGGAGUAA